AUGCACCCGGCCGGCAACAAGGAGUCGCAAGAGCACGAUGGACAAGGACAUUCCCAGCAGGCCAAACCCUCCCCCAACCCGGACACGCUGGCCAAUGUGUGCCGCCUCAUGUGUAUGUGGUCAUUCUCCGUGUCAGAGCUGGCUGUUCUGGGGGCGGAGGUGGGCCGUAUCUCAGCAACAGACGCUGACCUAGGCGACAAUGCCAAGCUGGAAUAUACCGUCCUGGAAGGAGAGACGGGGGACACGUUCAACAUCAGCGGAACAAACCAAGAGGCCGUGAUCACCCUGAACAAGGCUGUAGACUAUGAGAGUCGUAGCUCCUACUCCUUCUCCGUGGAGGUGUUGAACCCCAUGGUGGACUCUCGUUUCUUGCGUCGUGGGCCCUUUAAGGACCGCGCCUCCAUCAGGGUGGCUGUGCUGGACGCUGACGAGCCGCCUCGUUUCUCCCGGGCGCACUACCGGAUGGACGUGUCCGAGAACUGCCCUCCCGCCUGCACAGUGGGACGGGUUAGUGCUGUGGACCCUGAUACUGGACUCACCAACAACAUCAGAUUCUCUAUUGAUCCCCAGUCAGACCAGGAGGCUCUGUUUCGUAUCACCGCAGACAGCGGCCUCAUCACCACGGUAAUGGAGCUGGACCGUGAGCGCGAGCAGUGGCACAACAUCACCGUCAUCGCCAUGCAGAGAGACAACCCCAGCCAGGUGUCCAGAGUGGUGGUUGCCAUAGAGACGCUGGACCUGAAUGACAAUGCGCCCGAGCUGGACAGACAGUACACAGCAGCCAUGUGUGACUCAUCAGCCACUGGACAGGUCGUGCAGGUGUUGCGUGCCAUUGAUCGAGAUGAGGGAGGGAAUGACAGUGCUGUAUAUUUCAACAUCCCUCCAGAGUCCAGCUUCGCCCUCAACUUCAGCAUUAGGGACAGUGGAGGCCCCAGUGCCACCCUGUUGCUCCUGUCGCCACUGCAGCCCCUCUCCCACUCCUCCUCCUCCUCCCUCACGCUACACAUUCCCCUGGUGUUAAGGGAUGGGACGUCUGGCCUGACCUCCACCGGGACGGUCACUGUGUCCAUCUGCCCCUGCCUGAGAGGAGGGGCCCGGGCUGGGGAGAAGGAGAGACAGGAGAGGCAGACGGAGGGAGACUGGGAGUGGGAGAGAGAGACGGUGUGUGUCCCACAGCAGUCUACCUCCCCCUCCCCUGGGCUCAGCACUGCCGCCCUGCUGGCCAUCUUGGCCUGUGUCGCCACUCUGCUGGCAGUCAGUGCCUUGUCCCUGUCCCUGCGACGUCAGAAGCGGGACUCUCUGUCUCCCCUGGAGGAGGACGAUGUUAGGGAGAACAUCAUCACCUACGAUGACGAGGGAGGAGGCGAGGCUGACACGGCCGCCUUUGACAUCGCAGCGCUCCAGAGCGCCCCCCACAGCUCACGCAGGGGAUACCGCACUCUGGACAGCAGGAACAUACGCUACUCCCAGCACGUCCAGGACAAGGCCCGUGCAUACAACUGGGCCCAGAACCCAGCCCUGGACCCGGCCUACUCCGGCCCUGGAGGGCCCCUGUACGGCCGCCUCUGCUACAGCAGCCACACCCUGCCAGUUCUCCGACGUACUCCAGGGGGCCAGUUUGAGCCGGGCUUGGCUGAGCUGGCCUACCACUUCCCUGGGGGCCACCCAGACCACUCUCUGGUCAUCCAGAAUCAGGGGGCCAUGGUGGGGGCCCUGGAGCCAGGGGCCGUGUACGUAGGGCCAGCUGAAAUGAGCAGCAGAGAGAGUAGAGACGGAACAGGCCCACAGAGCGGGGUUAGCACCUCAGAUGGAGGGACGCCACGGACCAAUAACAGCCAGGAGAGGGGUGGAGGGGGAGGAGCUAUGAGCAACUGUACAGAGAACAGUAGUGAGCAGCAGAACCACAGUCAGGACUCGGUGGACUGGGUCCAGUCUGAGACCCUCUCCCGAGAGAGGGAGCACACGCUGGUCCUGACCCGUUCCGGCUCCAUGGCUGGCCAGAGUCACGGUGGCGCCUGGGUGUGUGAUUCAGCCACCCUGCCCAUGGCGGGUCGCAGGGCCUUCCGCGCCGGCCUGUCCCCCAAACGCACUGGCUCUGGUUCAGCUGAACCAGAAUCCUCUGGUGGUGGAUGUGGUGGUGGAGGGCCUGGAACCAACUGCCCAGACGGCCAGUCUCAGCAGUCAGCCGCCCGCAACUACGCCAGCAUCCUGCAGGGGGAGGCAGCGGGACAGAGGCAUGAUUACCCCGGGAGCCUGGGGAGGGGAGGGCUAGAGAUGGGAAGCAACUUUGUGGUGGCCAGGCCGGACAGGGAGGGUGGAGGGAUAUCUCUGACCGGGACUUCUUGCGGGGGGAUGUACCCAGAAGGGUUCAUGGCUGACUGGCGGGACAGGGUGGGUAUUGGGGCAUACGUUUUAGGAAGGAGGGAUAUGACCCCUCAGAUGCUGCCCUUCCCAGGUCAGGCCAGGGGCGCAUACGGGGGCAUCAUGGGGUACGGGGCAGGGUGGGUCCAAGGGAUGGAGGCGAGGAGAGGGUGUUCAGUACCAGGUGGUCACUCCUUGGCCCUCAGGGUGGGUGAGUUCCUCCGCCUGCGUCUGGCUCAGGUCACCUUUGACCCCUCACAGCCGCCCUAUGAUUCGGUGCAGGUGUACGGGCUGGAGGGUACAGGGUCACGUGCAGGCUCCCUCAGCUCACUGGAGAGUGAGGGAGAAAAGGAUGCAGAGAAGGAGGAGUGGGGAGGAGGGUUGGAGGAGUGGGGUCCGCAGUUUCAGGAACUAGCCAAGCUGUUCCAAGAUAGGGAGAAAGAUCAAGUGGAGGAGAAGGAGGUAAGGAACAACAAAAAAGAGGAUGCAAAAGAGGAGGGGGAGAAAGAGGAGCGCUCUGGAGAUGAGAAGAAAGACUGAGAGGGAGAAGGAAAAGGAGAGAGAAUGAAGGAGGGGUAAAAGGCAAGCAGAGCUAGAGUAAUGGGAGGAGAAGUCAAAGGAGAGAGAGAUGAAG